AUGACUAAAUCUUUUUCAAAUCAUUCGAGGGAAGAGAGUUCUCUUAGAAUUGUGUUGAAUGCUAUCAUUGAUGUCAAACCUUGUGAUUCGGUUAGGAUCGGAUGUAGCAUAUUGAGCAACAGUGGAAGAAAGGAGUUACAUGUGAUUCAACAGGAAAUAGGGUACAAUUGCUUGAUACCAUUGGAGUUGAGCAGGCUUUCAGAUCUUCAAUUCCUCAGCCUUUCAUCUAAUCAACUCGUCAGCGGUAGCACUAUCACCAUCCCCAUUCUUACUGCCCUGCAGAAUUGCACCAGACUCAACAAACUAUGGAUUGAUGACAAUCAAUUGACUGGAUACUUGCCAGAGGAGCUCGCUACGAAUCUCUCCCUGUUGGUGCUAAAUGGUAAUAAGAUAACAGGAAGUAUACCUUCCCUUAUUGCUAACUUAACCAAUUUGGGAGACCUUUAUUUGUCUUAUAAUCUCCUUACAGGCCGCAUCCCAUCCUCUCUGAGAAGCCUUGGUAAGUUGCAAAGACUUUUGCUCGACAACAACAAGCUAGAAGGAAAUAUACCCAGUGAGAUAGGUGAAAUAAAAAGUCUUGGGGAGCUAUCAUUGAGUCAUAAUAUGUUUUCUGGUGAGAUCCCUAAUACAAUUGGUCGCCUUCUGGAGUUAACACAUCUUGUGCUUAACCACAACCAACUAUCGGGUAAAGUACCUUCAAGUUUGGGAAAAUGUUACAAAUUGCAAUUGCUUGAUCUCUCCAACAAUCAGUUCAGAGGACGUAUCCCCCAUGAAGUCGCCAGUCUUCCUAAUUUACAGUUUUAUUUCAAUCUGUCCAGAAAUUCCUUCCACGGAUCCCUGCCUCUGGAAAUUGGAAAGAUGAUUCAUGUUCAAGCUAUCGAUGUUUCAGCUAACAGGUUGCAAGGUCAAAUUCCAGCCACUCUGGGAAGCUGCGAACAACUUGAAUAUCUGCAGCUUUCUUCAAAUGAAUUGCAAGGCCCAAUACCAAAUUCUCUGAGUGGAUUAAAAGGUCUGGUAAGUAUGGAUCUCUCUUCCAACAGCCUUUCAGGUUUAAUCCCUGUGUCUCUAAAGUCGUUGAAUGUGCUUCAGUAUUUGAAUUUGUCUUUCAAUAACUUGAGUGGAGAGGUCCCAAAUGAAGGCGUGUUUAAAAAUUUCACAGCUGCAUCAUUUAUGGGAAAUAUGUUUUUGUGUGGAGAAUGGAUGCAAUUACCUGCAUGCGCGGUUGGCAAUAUUCAGUCUAAAUACCACGAGAACAGAAUUAGAAUAUUAGGACCAAUGGCUGGAACCAUUACCUUCCUAUUCUUUUGUUUAUUGAUUUUGGGACUAAUUUACAGGAGGCGCAAGAUCAAGUCUGAUGUUCCAAGUGACAUCGUGCCUCUCAAACUCAUGGAUGAUAGUGGGAUAUCCUAUCAUGAAAUCAUUAAUGCCACAGAUGGAUUUAACCAAAAAAACUAUUUAGGGACUGGUAGCUCUGGCUCAGUGUACAAAGGUAUUAUGGGUGAUGGUAGAGAGGCUGCUUUCAAGCUUCUAAAUUUGCAAAAUGAGGAAGCUGGCAAGAGCUUCUCCAGGGAAUGCAAAGUGUUGGCGGAAGUCAGGCACAGAAAUCUGGUAAAAAUUAUAUCCUUCUGUUUAGAAUUUGGACGCAAAAUAUUGGUUCUAGAGUUCAUGUCCAGAGGAAAUCUGGAGACAUUUUUGCAUUCCAAUGGUAACACAGUGAGCUUUAUUGAAAUAUUGAACAUAGCAAUCGAUGUUAUCCAUGGAUUAGAAUAUCUACAUCAUGACUCUUUUCAACAAGUUAUACAUUGUGAUAUAAAACCAAGCAACAUUCUUAUGGACGAAAACAUGACAGCACAUAUAGCAGAUUUUGGCAUUGCCCGGAUAAUUUGUGGGUCGGACACCAUUAACUCAGGAUUUGCUUCCUCUCUAACUCUGAAAGGAUCCGUGGGCUACAUUGCACCAGGUACAGAGUAUGGCGUUGGUGGCAAGGUAUCCACGAAGGGUGAUAUUUACAGUUAUGGUAUUAUGCUGUUGGAAAUGGUAACAGGAAAGAGUCCAACCAACCAUAUGUUUGUAGAAGGAUUGAACCUCCACAAAUGGGUAAGUUUACAUUUUGAUGACAAAUUGGGGGAGAUUAUUAACAUGAGAAUGAUGAAGGAUGGAGGAGAAUUUAAAAUAAAUCAGUGGCUCAUUCCCUUCUUACGUACUGCAUUGGAAUGUUCAAAAGAGUCCCCCAAUGAAAGACCCACGGCUAGAGAGGUUGCACGAAUACUGGAAAGUAUUAGGCGAACUCACUUUGAAGUUUUGAAUUCAUAG